GGUGCUGGACUUGGGACUUAGGAGUGCCAUCUGGGGCCUCUUGGGGUGAAAUGUGGGCAAGAAAAACUGUAGCUCCUAUGGCCGGGGACGCCGUAGCAGAAAAUUAGCCAAGAAGGAGGAGUGGAGACCCUGGUCAUUUUUCUAGCAAGAGGCUCACCCUCUCCGUGGGAGCUCGACCUUGGCUCAUACGAAACACUACAGGCUUACGGGCGAGACCUCUGUGUGCGACCAGGCAACCACUGCAGGUGUGCCAAGCUCCGAGCAGAGCCAUCAUUCCUGAUUCUUCAAAGUGGACCCUUCGGGAGAAAUCCAACGAAAACAGUGGCCUCCAAGCAGAUCCUACAAUGUGGAGAACAAGCCCCAUCCUUCGGAGCUGGGAGUAAGACUGCUGGUGGAAGGAGACAUGACCUCACAUCUGCAAAUCGGCCUCUACUGCGGUAGUCUGGAGAUACUGGAAAACGGACUCCACGUCUGUCCUGAGAGAUCAAGGCUAUGUCCAUCCUGAGAGACCAAGGCUAUGAUGCCGGAGGAAGGUCUAGUCCAAGACACACAGAUGCAAAUCUGGAGAUGAGACCUAAAGAAAGUUGGAGCCAUGUGAACCUUGUACGCCGUGAAGAAGCAGAUUCUGUCUCAGAAAAACCCACCAUCAAUGUAGAUGAGGAAGAUGGCGGUCUCCAGAUCUGCCGCGUAUGUGGGGACAAGGCCAAUGGCUAUCACUUCAAUGUCAUGACAUGUGAAGGAUGCAAGGGAUUUUUCAGAAGAGCUAUGAAGCGCAAUGUCCGGCUGAGGUGCCCCUUCCGCAAGGGGACCUGCGAGAUCACCCGGAAGACACGGCGGCAGUGCCAGGCCUGUCGUUUGCGCAAGUGCCUGGAGAGUGGCAUGAAGAAGGAGAUGAUCAUGUCCGAUGCCGCUGUGGAGCAGAGGCGGGCCUUGAUUAAGAGGAAGAAGAGGGAAAAGAUUGAGGCUCCACCGUCUGGAGGGCAGGGGCUGACGGAAGAGCAGCAGGCACUGAUCCAGGAGCUGAUGGAUGCUCAGAUGAAAACCUUUGACACCACUUUCUCCCACUUCAAGAAUUUCCGGCUGCCUGCGGUGUUUAACAGUGGCUGCGAGCUCCCAGAGUUUCUGCCGGCCUCGCUGUUGGAAGAUCCCUGGAGCCAAAUCAUGAAAGACUCCGUCCCAAUGAAGAUCUCUCUGAAGCUGCGGGGAGAGGACGGCAGCAUCUGGAACUACCAACCCCCCUGCAAGAGCGACGGCAAAGAGAUCAUCCCUCUGCUGCCACACCUGGCCGACGUGUCAACCUACAUGUUCAAGGGUGUCAUCAACUUCGCCAAGGUCAUCUCCUACUUCAGGGACCUGCCUAUUGAGGACCAGAUUUCCCUGCUGAAGGGAGCCACUUUUGAGAUGUGCCUACUGAGGUUCAACACGAUGUUCGACAUAGAAACUGGAACCUGGGAGUGCGGUCGGCUGGCCUACUGCUUCGAAGAUCCUGAUGGUGGCUUCCAGAAACUUCUCUUGGAUCCAGUGAUGAAAUUCCACUGCACGCUGAAGAAGUUGCAGCUACACAAAGAGGAGUAUGUGCUGAUGCAGGCCAUCUCCCUCUUUUCCCCAGACCGUCCUGGUGUGGUGCAGCGCAGUGUGGUGGACGAGCUGCAGGAGCGAUUUGCCCUCACCCUGAAGGCCUACAUUGAGUGCAGCCGGCCAUAUCCUGCCCACAGGUUCCUGUUCCUGAAGAUUAUGGGUGUCCUCACUGAGCUGCGCAGCAUCAACGCCCAGCAGACCCAGCAGCUGCUACGCAUUCAAGACACGCACCCCUUCGCCACCCCCCUCAUGCAGGAGUUAUUCAGCAGCACAGAUGGCUGAGUGGCUGCCCCUGGGCAGUGAGCUCAUGGGACAGCCAGAUCCAGGCAUUCUGAAUUGUCACUUCUAGGGCUAGACAGACGGACACACUGAGAGCCAACAAUGCCUUAUGACUGCAGCUGGCAGGAAAAGGACACGAAGCCCCAAGUUCAGCCUGUGGCAAGUGCUGGCCUUAUAGCUUAGCCCCAUCCUUGUGGUCGGGAAGAAAUCCCUGAAUCCCACUAAAUUCUAGUGUCCGGUGGGAAGGAAGGGAUCAGGUCAAGUUAUGUAAGGGUGUACAUACCCCACACAUUCCCAACCCCCAAGCUUCCUUUGGAGCUGCUUGUGUGUUCCAGACGUGAGCUUACCAUCCGGCUCGUCAGGGCCACUGCUGAGUGCCAGGAGCUUGUCAUGACCUUGUUCUGGAUCCAUCACUCAGGUCCUGCAUCUGAGCAAACACUGCUAAUCACUAACAACCUGACUGCUGUAGGGGAUACAGCAUAGACUCAGAUGUGGAUCCCAACCUCAGAGUUGAAGAAGACAAAAAUGGCUGCCAAUUUGUAAAAAAAAAAAAAAUUCUUUUAACAGCUAAUGUGGAUGGGCACAUGACAUACAGUCAGGGAGCUUUAUGUGGAUUCUGUGGGUAACUGGAAGCCAACUGAAGGUUCCGAACGCAAGGUGCUUGCUGAGGAAGGGGUGGGAACUAUAGCUGUGGGGACCUGUACGUGACUUAGUGUGGGUACGUCUGCUCCCCAGGGUCUGGCUUGUUUCCAAGACGGAGCACUGGGGUUACCUAUGAUAAGGCACCAGUGACAGACAAUAAACAUGUGAAAGCAGAA